AUGUGUUGGAAUAUUUCUGUUUACCUACAUUUUCAGGUGGUAGUACUGGGAAGUGGAGGUGUUGGUAAGUCGGCGCUCACCGUUCAAUUCGUUUCGAAUACAUUCAUCGAGAAAUACGAUCCCACAAUCGAAGAUUUUUAUAGGAAAGAAAUAGAGGAUCCGUCAUUCAGAGAUUACCUGAAAGCGAGACGAUCGAUGAAGGCAAAGAAGGGGACGGAUUCAUUUAAAAUGACUGCUUUUAAAUGA